UGUAGGUCCACAGGUCACGCUCUGCCCAGGCUGCAUAAACGUAGGCUGCGCUGCCACAAGUUGUUUCUGUCGCGUUUGCCGUGCAAGAAGCAGCAUCAUGCUCCGGACCGUGUUUUCUCACAGGGCCUUUCCUAGACUGGGCCGACUCUCAGGGUGCCAUUACUCUGCAGCCACCAUCCCAGCACCCAACCCCCAGCCCGAGAUCCACUAUAACAAGCUGUUUGUCAACAACCAGUGGCAGGAUGCAGUGAGUGGAAAAACUUUCCCUACGAUCAAUCCAGCAACCGGUGAAGUCAUCUGUCAAGUUGCUGAGGCUGAUGAGGCAGAUGUUGACAAGGCAGUGAAGGCAGCACGUAAUGCCUUUCGGUUGGGGUCUCCAUGGCGACGGAUGGACGCCUCUCAUCGCGGCCUGUUACUCAAUCGAUUGGCCGAUGCCAUUGAGAGGAAUGCUGCCUACCUCGCUGAACUGGAGACCAUUGACAAUGGGAAGCCAUAUGCUGUAUCCUACACCGUGGAUCUGCCUAAUGUGGUGAAAUGUUUCAGGUACUACGCAGGCUGGGCUGACAAAUGGGAGGGAAAGACCAUCCCUAUCGAUGGAGAUUAUUUCUGCUACACCAGACAUGAACCCAUUGGAGUCUGCGGACAGAUCAUUCCGUGGAACUUCCCUCUGUUGAUGCAGGCCUGGAAACUUGGACCUGCCCUUGCGACUGGUAACACUGUGGUGAUGAAAGUUGCAGAGCAGACACCACUCACAGCACUGUUUGUAGCCAGCCUGAUUAAAGAGGUGGGUUUUCCUGAAGGUGUUGUGAAUAUCUUGCCUGGCAUGGGACCAUCAGCUGGCGCUGCCAUUGCAAGGCACAUGGAUGUUGACAAGGUGGCCUUCACUGGCUCCACCGAGGUGGGUCACCUAAUCCAACAAGCUUCAGGCAGCAGUAACCUGAAGAAAGUCACUCUGGAGCUGGGAGGAAAGAGUCCUAAUAUCAUCCUGUCUGAUGCAAACAUGGAAGAUGCAGUGGAGCAGUCCCACUUUGCUCUGUUUUUCAACCAAGGCCAGUGUUGCUGUGCUGGCUCUCGAACCUAUGUGCAAGCAGACAUCUAUGAUGAGUUUGUGGAGCGAAGUGUUGAGCGAGCUAAGAGACGAGUGGUGGGAAACCCUUUUGACAUGAAGACUGAGCAAGGACCUCAGGUAGAUCAGGAGCAGUUCAACAAGAUUCUGGGCUACAUCAGCAGUGGGAAGAGAGAGGGAGCCAAGCUAAUGUGUGGAGGAGGAGUGGCUGCGGACAGAGGAUACUUCAUCCAACCUACUGUGUUUGGAGAUGUCCAGGACAACAUGACCAUUGCUAGGGAGGAGAUAUUUGGUCCAGUGAUGCAGAUCUUGAAGUUUAAAACACUGGAGGAAGUAGUGACGAGAGCCAACGAUACUAAAUAUGGUCUUGCAGCCGCUGUGUUUACUAAGGAUAUUGAUAAGGCAAACUAUGUCUCCAAUGGGCUCCGUGCCGGCACAGUCUGGAUUAACUGUUAUGAUGUGUUUGGGGCUCAGGCUCCAUUUGGAGGUUACAAGGCUUCAGGUAAUGGUAGAGAGCUGGGAGAGUAUGGUCUGGAUAACUAUACAGAAGUUAAAACGGUGACCAUCAAGGUACCACAAAAGAAUUCGUAGAGGUGCAGUUAACCCAGUCAACAGCUGAUUGCUGUCAACCAAGAAUCAGCUGAGAGGAGAAGUUGACUGAUAUACUGCUCCUGUGAUCUGUUUUUCUGUACUGAGUAACUUUGUCUGUCUCUCAAACAUGCAAAGCAUUAUAUUUGACAACACAACUGAUGAUUUCUCCAUACCUUAGAUUUUCCAUCUGAGUCAACGUAAUCAUAAAACCAUAAACUCACACAUUCUAUUUCUAAUCUGUGGGCUUGAGAUUUCAAAUUUUUCAUAAUAAAUGCA